UAUUGCCUUUCUUUUCUGUUUUAUAAAAGAUUUAAACAUUUCUUAGUUUCACGUACUGUGUGAAAUUGCUAUGAAACUUAAUAAUGAUCAGUUUUCGAGUCAAAAAUUGAUCACUGAAUCGAAAAAUAGUUUUUCAUACGGUUCAUCUUUAUAUAAGGACUCAAGACAAAUUAAUUCAUCAACUCGAGUUGAUUUUAAUGAAGACUUCUCGUUCAAUUACAAAGAAUAAUUUAAAAUUUGGCAUAAGAAAAAAUUAAAUUUUCUUGGUCAUAUGUAUCAAUUAUGAGUAGACAAUAAAUGUAAUAAAGGAGUAACUAUCAUUCACUUAUUAUAAAGGAUAACUGUAUAAAAGACAUCUUUUCGAUAAGCACGUUCUGUAAAUAUCACAAAAAACUAUCAAUGACCUGUAUUACUGAUUUUUAUAUAUGUAUUCAAUUGCAUUUUCAAAUUCAGAGAAAUAGUGAUGAAUAUAGAACUCUCAAAAUUAUUUUCAAUAUCAGAUUUAAUCAUUUCGUGAUUGUGGAUAAAUAAAAAACAAAACGAAUGUUGAGGCACAUGCACCAGAAGUCAUGAAUUCCUCUCAAAAUAUACAGCUGAUUAUACAGUAUAUAUUAUUGUUUUUUUUUUGUUUUCCAGAUAUAUCUAUAGAAAAAAAAAUUAUUCAUUUUCCACAUUAUGAAUAGAAAACAGUGAUACAGAAACGAUACUAUUUCUAGCUUUUGGCAAUAGCUUUUUUAUAUUAAACUACAUCAGAUAAAAUGUUAGUAGAAAGAAUGAAUUGAGUUUAGAUUUUAUAAGCACUAUCAUUUUUACACAUUUCACUUUCUUUUGAACGUAAUCUAAUGUAAUGGGUAAAGACAAGAGGAAUGUCCUGUUCUCGCUUCAUUUUGUGACAACUUUUUCUUUCGAUUUGAACAAUGCAUCGUUUGUCACAUGGCGCAAGUGAAAUCGAUUAAUUGAUCAUAUCAUCUGAAUCAUGAAAAUUGAGAAAAUAUAAGAAAGAACAUAAUUGUUUUGUUCAUUGAAAAUUCCAAAAACUAAAUGCUUUUAUUGAUCAAAUCUAUUCGGUUUGUUUAAAUAUUCACAACUAUUGAUCAAUGAAAUAGAUAAUUGUUUCUAAUUACUGAAAAAAAUCACUGUCUAUGAAAUUAUAUCAUAUACUUAAAAUUAAAUGAAGUAUAUUCUGUGUUUUUAUAGAUUGCAACUUCAUAGACGAUAAAAACAAAUCUGAGUAAAAAAUAAACUUGUCAAUCUGAUGAUUUCAUGAUAGUAAUAGACCAUUGUAGGUGUAUUCGUGUAUUUCAUAUGAUUUUUUUCACUCUUACAGAAAUUAUUCAACAGAUAAAAGAACUUUCUUUUGUUUUCAUAGUAUUUAGUUUAUUCAAAUCUUUCGUCAAAUUAGUGUCGGUAUAUUGUUUAUUUCGAUUGGAUGGAGAUGUUAUGAAGUUUCACAAAAAAAAGAAAAUAUACUCAACAACUUAUUUGUGUAUUUUUCUCGUUAAGUUUUGAUGUUUUUGAAAAUAAUAGAUGCCUUUUUGGAGAUAUAUCUGUUGUCCAUAAUUUUAUAAAGACAAUUAGAAAAAUUAUUAAUUAAAUAGGUAUAUACACAGCUAAAGGCCUACAUAGCUAGACUAGAAUAUUUUUUAUUAGAAUUAUCUUGAUUUUCGUAAUUGAUAUGACAAAGAACAAAUUGAUUUUUUUGUUUUUGAUUUUUUUUGCCGAUUGCGUUAUGCAAUGAACUAAUGUAGUUAUCGAGUGUUUGUAAAAGGGAAACUUUUAUUGCGAUAUUUAUUUUGUUUUUCUUUCCAAAAAAAGUGAACAAACGUUAGUAAAUAAUAGGUGAGAAAAUGUAUAAGCAAGACAUUUCAUUUGAAGAGAGCUUGUUACAAUGCAUAAUUGAACUAAAGAAAUAAUAAAAUUAUGUAUAAAAGAAAAUUACUAAGAUUAUUAGUUAAUAAAAUUGAUCUGAAUAUGAGGUAUCUUUUGUUUAUGCUUUAUAUUUAUUUAUUUAAAUCUUAUAAUUUCAAUUAGUUUGUUAUAUGUUGACAAUAAUAAGAAAAAUUUUUGUUAUACUCGAAGUACGUUAAUUUUGUUGACUAAAAAGUGUCUCUGCCUUUUUUAGAAAUCAAAUUAUGUAUAGAUCAAAUAUUUGAUUUUGUAAAAGAAAUCUCAAUAAUAAUAAUAAAUCAAUUAAUUAAUCAACCAUAUAUUUCUUUUCUCAUUAGACUUUCAAUGAAAAAAUUUUGAUAAAGAUGUGUUAACGUUCUAUGCGUGUAAAAGAAUUUUCGUAAGAACCAUAUGUUAAGAAGUAUAAGUGAAUCUUUGAAAAGUAGAAGAAAAAUUUGAUCUAAAUGAUAUUUAAAGAAAAUUGCAAACGUCUCCUUAUGAAAUGAUAUCCUCCUCGUCAGUACUUUUAUGAGAAGUUUCUAUCAAUAAAAAGGCUUAUAAUAAAAGACUUAUUGACAUAUUUAUAUUCGAUAUAUAUGAUAGAAUUCAGAUUGAUGUUGAUGCUUAAAGAAUAUUUGUGUAAAGUUUUUUGUUUAAAAUAUCAAGUAACUUCUCCCGAUCGUAACUUAUUAAACAAUGAGUCUUUUGAUAAGAUUCAUAAACAAUUUUCUUUAUGUUCUAAUAUUGAUUCAAAUUUAAUUUAUGUUUCUUUUUUCAAAUGACCUCAGUUCAAUUCAAAUAGUCAUUAGUCCAGAAAUCUUACUCAUAUGAACUGUUGAUCGCAAGAUUCAAUUAGUAUGAUUAGGUACAACAGAUCAGGCAUCAUAUAAUCAUGGUUGCAUAAGAGGAAAAUAAUUUUUGAAUUUUAAUAUCAAGACAGACGAACUCUUUGCCAGUAUUUUCAUAUGAAGAAAUCCAAUAUGAUUUUUUUUUGUAUUAACCUCUUUGUAUAUCUGUUGUGUCUGUUAUUUAUUUGAUUAAAUCAGUAAAUUGAAUGAAGGCAUUAAUAAUUGUUUUCUUAUUCAAACGAUUAAUGUGGAAAAUCAGCUAUUGUAAUCAAUUUAAAUUAAAUAGUCUAGUUGCUUUGCCUUUUAUUUUGAAGAAAGUUCGUUUCCAGAAAAAAGUGCAUUUUGAUCAGAGAUUUCUCUUUAGGCUCUCUAAUAGUGUAGAGCUAAGUUCAAAUUUGGGUGCGGGUGUAGAUAAAGAGAAGACCCCUACCCACAUUCACACACCCACACCCUUCAAAAAAAUUUCUUCAAAAGGAAAUUUUUAUCAAGAUCAAAUAACAGGAAAAUUAGAAGCUGUUGGAGAUACAGUAGAACCAUUUCAUUUUAUUUUACAUCCAAAAGAUGAACAAAAUUUAACUCGUGAAGAUCAAGAUAAAGGAAAAGAAUUAUAUUCACUUUUAGUUCAACAUAAAAUUAUUCAAGGAGAUACAAUAAGAAAAAUAUUUCGAAAUAAUUCACAAGAACGAGAUAAAAUAGAAAAGAUAAUUCGAAAUGAUCUUGAUCCUUCGAUUGCCGAUCCAUUAGUUAGUUUAUUAAAUAGAGAUAUUCGUUUAUUUAAAAAAGGUUUAAAAGCUAAUUUAAAAGAUUUUAUAGAUCUUCAAGAUCAAGAAAAUGUUCCAAAAGAUAAAUCUUGGUGGGAUUGGAAUGCUUUUGCCGUUGCAAUGAUAGGACUUGUUCAAGACAUUGCCGAAGCUGUUUUAGUAGCCUUUGGUUUGACUCAGAUAGGCAAUGCUUUAAUAUCAGGUACUUUUAGUUGGAAAGAAUGGGCAAUACAAAAAGCAAUUAGCUUCGGUCUCUCUAUGUUGACUGCUGGAAUUAGAAAGUUUUUGACGGAUAAAAUUAUGAAACAGAUUCAAGAAAAUGUUUAUACAAAAGAUUGUUAG